AUGUCGGCGGAGGAGGGCGAGGCGUCCGGAUCGGCGCCGCCGCCGGUGCUCGACGCCGCCGGAGCAAUGGGCCCCGAGGAGGCCGCCGCCAGGAAGCGCUACGACGCCCUCAUGCAGGUCCGCGCCAAGGCCGUCAAGGGCAAGGGCGCCUGGUACUGGGGCCACCUCGAGCCCGUCCUCGUCCCGCCGCCCGCCUCCGGCGCGCCCCCCAAGGCCGCCAGGCUCCGCUGCGGCCUCUGCGCCGCCACCUUCUCCGCCUCCAACCCCUCCCGCACCGCCACCGAGCACCUCAAGCGCGGGGCCUGCCCUAAUUUCGCCGCCGCCCAGGGCGCGCCGCCGCCGCCUCCGCCCCCGCCCCCGCCGCCGCACCAUCAGAACCAGCAGCUGCAGCUCGUCACCGUCUCCUCCCCCGCGUCAUCGAUCGUCCCCAUCUCGUCCAUACCCCCUUCCUCCUCCUCCUCCCAGCGCCGCCACUCCACCGGCGGUGGCGGCGGCCGGAAACGCCACGCGCUCGCUGCCGCCUACGCGGCAGUUUCCGAGGCGGCGGCAUCGCACCAGCACCACAUCGUGGUGGCCGACCCCACCGCCUACUCCCCGACGCCGCCCACGCCCCCGGGGAUGCCCACGCCCAGGCAGGUGCUCUCCGGCGGCAGGGGCGACCUCGGCCCGCUCGCCAUGCUGGAGGACAGCGUCAAGCGCCUCAAGUCCCCCUCGGCCUCCCCUGGCGCGAUGCUCCCGCGGCCCCAGGCCGAGGCCGCGCUCGCCCUCCUCGCCGACUGGUUCCUCGAGUCGUCCGGCAGCACGUCCCUCUCGGCCGUCGAGCACCCCAAGCUCAAGACCUUCCUGCGCCAGGUCGGCCUCCCGGAGCUAACCCGCGCCGAGCUCGCCGGCGCGCGCCUCGACGCGCGCUACGCGCAGGCCUGCGCCGACGCCGCGGCCCGCUUCCGCGAGGCGCGCUUCUUCCAGCUCUCCGCCGACGGCCUUCGCGAACCCGUGAUCACCCUCGCCGUCAACCUCCCCAACGACACCUCCGUCUUCCACCGCGCCGUGCCCAUGCCGGCGCCGGCCUCCGCCUCCUCCGGCUACGCCGAGGAGCUCCUCCUCGACGCCGCCUCCAACGUCGCCGCCUCGUCCGGCGACAUCCGGCAUUGCGCCGGCAUCGUCGCCGACCGCUUCGGCUCCAAGACGCUGCGCGACCUCGAGGCCAAGCACCACUGGAUGGUCAACCUGCCCUGCCAGGUGCACGGCCUCUCCCGCCUCGUGCGCGACAUGGCGCGCGAGCUCCCCAUCUUCCACAACGCCGCCGCCAAGUGCGCCAAGGUCGCCGCCUACUUCAACGCCACGCCCGCCGUGCGCGCGCUGCUGCACAAGCACCAGGUGCAGGAGCACGGCCACGCAUUCCUCCUCCCCGUCACCGCCCCGCCGUUCAACGACGGGGGAUUCACCGCCGGCCCGUUCGCCAUGCUGGAGAGCAUCCUCACCUCGUCCCGCCCGCUCCAGAUGGCGGUGCACGAGGAGGCCUACAAGGUGGUCUGCAUUGACGAUCCAUCCGCCAGGGACAUCGCCACCAUGGUGCAGAACGUGGUGUUCUGGACCGAGGUCGAGGCCUCGCAUUCGCUCGUCAAGAUGAUCAUGGACAUGGUGAAAGAGAUGGAGGCCGAGAGGCCCCUCGUCGGCCAAUGCCUGCCGCUCUGGGAGGACCUGCGCGGCAAGGUCAGAGGCUGGUGCCGGAAAUUCAGCAUCGAGGAGGCCACCGCCAUGAAUGUGCUCGAGAGGAGGUUCAGGAAGAACUACCACCCGGCGUGGUCGGCGGCAUUCAUACUGGACCCUCUGUAUCUGAUCAAGGACGCCGGCAGGAGGUACCUUCCGCCGUUCAACUACCUGACGCCGGAGCAGGAGAAGGACGUGGACAGGCUGAUCACGAGACUGGUGUCGCCGGACGAGGCGCACCUCGCGCUCAUGGAGCUGAUGAAAUGGCGGUCGGAGGGGCUCGACCCGUUGUACGCGCAGGCGGUGCAGGUCCGGCAGCCCGACCCUCUGACGGGGAAGAUGAAGAUCGCCAACAAGCAGAGCAGCCGGCUCGUCUGGGAGACGUGCCUCAGCGAGUUCAAAUCGCUUGGGAAAGUGGCCGUCAGGCUCAUCUUCCUCCAUGCAACCGCAAAGGGGUUCAAAUGCACGCCGUCGAUGACGCGGUGGCUCACCGCGCCGGGGAGCUCUUCCAGCGGCAUUGGCCGCGCGCACCGGCUGGUGUUCAUCGCGGCCAAUUCGAAGCUGGAGAGGAGGGAUUUCUCGAACGACGACGACAAGGACGUGGAGCUGCUCACGGAAGGAGACGAUGACCCUAUGCUAACCGAGAAUGCAAUUGUGGAUCCCUCCUCCUCUUCAGUGUAGCAUUCCAUUCCUGGUGGUUAAAUUUGCUUCUUUGUGCAUUUGAUGAUGUUAGCAUCGGUUUAGAAUUUGAUCUAGGAAAUUGUCAGAUUCUUU